AUGACGUCAUCCAACGCGACAGCGACUGUAGCGACGCUGCCAUUGUCUCGCUUUGUGAAACAUUACGGACGCAAGACUGUUGCUGAGUGAACGAGUUCAGAAACAAUCUCAUCGCCAACAGGCAGUCAAGAGAUAAAACUCUGCCAUUUACUGUAACGUUUAAAUGGAUGUGAAAGAGGAGACGUGUGAGCCUGACCUGAAUAUCAUAAAAUUAAGGAUCAUAAAUGUUAAGGAAGAGGACUGUGAGUGGGAGAGUGUCCACCCCAAACAGGAGAGUCUGGACAUUAAGGAAGAGGACCGUGAACUAGGGUCAGUGAAAAUUAAAGAGGAGGAUGAAGAGAAGUGUGUCAGCACAGAGAUACAAAACUAUAGAAGUUUGGAGAGUGUCGAGGAAGAUGACCUUCAUUAUGGACAUCAAGAUGGAGCAGUGACCGAGUUAGUCUCUUCUCAAAGCAGACACUCUUCAUCUCCGGAGUCUUCUAUCAAUGUAAAAUAUGAAUCAUUACAGUCUGACAGAAAGACGACUGAAGAGAUUUCAUCUCCUUGAACUGAGGAAGAUCAGCCAUCACCUAAGAAGUCAUCUAAAACAAGAAAGAAAGAUCACUGCAGUGUGGAAUGUGGCAGAGAAUUCUCUAACAGGAGUGCUCUUCAGAUACACAUGAGAGUUCACGCCGGAGAGAAGACAUAUUACUGUAAUGAAUGUGGUAAACAGUUUUCACAUAAAGGCCAUCUUCAGAUACACACGAGAGUUCACACCGGAGAGAAGCCAUAUUGCUGUAAUGAAUGUGGCAAACAGUUUUCAUGUAUGAGCAAUCUUCAGAGACACAAAAGAAUUCACACCAGAGAGAAGCCAUAUUGCUGUAAUGAAUGUGGCAAACAGUUUUCACAAAUGAGCCAUCUGAAGGACCACACUAGAGUUCACACCGGAGAGAAGCCAAAUUGCUGUAAUGAAUGUGGCAAACAGUUUUCACAAAUAAGCAGUCUUCAGAUACACAUGAGAGUUCACACCGGAGAGAAGCCAUAUUGCUGUAAUGAAUGUGGCAAACAGUUUUCAAAAAUGAGCAGUCUUCAGAGACACAUGAGAGUUCACACCGGAGAGAAGCCAUAUUGCUGUAAUGAAUGUGGCAAACAGUUUUCACAAAUGAGCAAUCUUCAGAUACACACGAGAGUUCACACCAUAGAGAAGCCAUAUUGCUGUAAUGAAUGUGGUAAACAGUUUUCACAGAUAGUCAGUCUUCAGAGUCACACAAGAGUUCACAAAAGAAUAAAAACAGUAGCAGUUCAAAAAUCAGUCCAGAAAAACAAGAACCCUUCAGGACUCAAGAGUGAGGUUCAGUCGUUUCCUGAAAGAAUCAAACUUCACUGCUGUUCUGAAUGUGGCAAACAGUUUUCACUGAGCAGCAGUCUUAAGAGACAUCAAAGAAUUCACUCAGGAGAGAAACCAUAUUGCUGCUCUGAAUGUGGCAAGCAGUUUUCACUGAGAAGGUAUCUUCAGAUCCAUCAAAGAAUUCACACAGGGGAGAAGCCAUAUUGCUGUUCUGAAUGUGGUAAACAGUUUUCAGAUAGAAGCAGUUUUCAGCGCCACAAAAUAAUUCACACAGGACAGAAGCCAUAUUACUGUUCUGAAUGUGGUAAAACAUUUUCACAGAGAAGCCAUCUUCAGCGCCACAAAAUAAUUCACACAGGACAGAAGCCAUAUUGCUGUUCUGAAUGUGGCAAAAAGUUUUCACAGAGAAGCCUUCUUCAAAGCCACCAAAGAAUUCACACAGGGGAAAAGCCAUAUUGCUGUUCUGAAUGUGGUAAAAAGUUUUCACAGAGAAGAAGCCUUCUUCAGAGCCACCAAAGAAUUCACACAGGGGAAAAGUCAUAUUGCUGUUCUGAAUGUGGUAAACAGUUUUCAGAUAGAAGCAGUUUUCAGCACCACAAAAUAAUUCCAACAGGACAGAAGCCAUAUUGCUGUUCUGAAUGUGUGUAAAAAGUUUUCACAGAGAAGCAGUCUUCAGAAACAUUAAAGAAUUCACACAAGAGAGAAAAAAUGACACAAAACUCCCCCACUUUGUCCACAGAUGAACACAGUACAAUAUGCUAAGCAGCAGAAGAAAGAAUUCAUAAAGUUUGAUGAAAACAAAAAAGAUCUAAUUGGGGAAACUACAAGUAAAGUGGUAAAUACACUGCCCUCCUCCAACAGCCUCAGGUGGAACAGAACUUACUCAUGCAUGGCUUAUGAGGGGUGAACUAAGACCAAAAGACGUACGCCUCAUCAUAGGUGCACAAAACAGUGCCUUGGACACAAAUUGUAUCAGAUCAAAUAUAGAAGAAAAAAAUAACCCAUAAUUGUCAUUCUGCCACAAGAGCUAGAAACAGUCACACAUCUUGUUGCUGGGUGCGAGCUACUGAUUUCUGAAGGAUUAUACGCUGCACAACACCACAGAGUGGCCAGGCUCAUUCGCUGAAAACUUGGUAAGAAGUACAACUUACCCUCACCAGAAAGACACUGGGACCACAACUCAGACCGCACAAUGGAAAAUGAGGAGGUGCUGGUCACUUGUAGCACAUCAAUACUGACUGACUAAUAAUAGAGGCCAGAAAACCAGAUGUAAGAAAUCCUGGAUAACAGAAGUAUUAGCUCCUAGUGAUUAAUCAGUCCGAAGAAUGGAGAGGCAAGAAAGAAACAAAAUACAGUGAUACCUUGACUUACGAGUGUCCCAACUAACGAGUUUUUUGAGAUACGAGCAGUCUCUUAACUGAUUUUUUGCUUUGAGUUGAGAGCUAAAAUUUGGGUUACGAGCCAGCUUCAGAUACCCCAGCCCACCGCUAGCACGUGCAGCUCGCCACAGUGAAUGCCCCAACAUCCCGUGACUCACUUGUUCACUUUAAGCAGUUAGCUCGCAGUGGAAACUUCAGUGUUGUGCUAGCAGUUAUUUUGCAAAGCUUUGUUUUUCCAACUAUGGGUCUGAAGAAAGUGAGUACGA